AUGCCAAAAUGGCGUACCAACAGCAGCGCGGUGGUUAUGGUCAGCCGCAACAAGGAGCGGAUCAGGCUUACCUAUGGAACAUCUUUCAAAAGGUGGACAAAGACCGAAGUGGUUCCAUCACUACCGUGGAGCUACAGACCGCCCUAAGCAACGGAUUGACACGGACCGUAGCGGUACGAUAAAUGGCAUUGAACUUCAGAGGGCCCUCAGUAAUGGAACAUGGACGCCUUUCAAUCCAGAGACAGUGCGCCUCAUGAUUGGAAUGUUUGACCGUGACCGUAAUGGGACCAUCGGCUUCAAUGAGUUCCAGUCGCUAUGGAAGUAUAUCACAGAUUGGCAGAACACGUUUCGAAGCUACGACCGAGAUAACUCUGGCAAUAUUGAUAGGAAUGAGUUAAAAACAGCAUUAACAAGUUUUGGUUACCGAUUGUCAGAUCGGCUGUACGACGUCCUGAUUAGAAAGUUCGACAGAAGCGGACGAGGCUGUAUAAACUUUGAUGACUUCAUCCAGUGUUGUGUCGUUAUUCAGACCUUGACGGCAUCUUUCCAAGCGUACGACACGAAUAGGAACGGCUGGAUCCAGAUCAAUUACGAACAAUUCCUCACGCUCGCUUUCUCCACGAAGAGAUAGAAAUGUCAUCGUUUGCAUGACCAGGAAUAGAUAUCAUCUUAACUAUCUAUUUUUCGUACUCUGUAAAGUAUUUUCUAGAUAGAUGUGCUUUUGAUGGUUUGAAAAAAGAGUUUUUUUUCCAUUUUGGAAGACUUACUUUCAAGGUUACAUAGGCUAUGACACAAUCCCUUUCAAAUAUAGUUCGUGGUCCUUUCUAACAAGUCCUGUGAAUGGGACUGAUAUAAAUCUCAUUGUAACCAAUAAAGGAGCUGUCUCUCUUUUCAAGCCACAUAUUAUAAAUGCUAGAGCAUUCAGCAGGAGUCCGCUUAAAUCACACACCUGACUUGAUGCAUUGUCAGUUAAGAUCUGUUAUCGAUUUGUAUAAAAAGUGUAAGGUGUAUGUAGGAUGUUUAAAUGAUUGUGAAAGCUUAGAGAAUUUAUACUAUGUUGUUCUUAUUCAAGUCUAAUAUAUAGAUUACUCUACUAUUAGUAUUCAAGACAUUCUUCUUUUUGACUUAAAGGGACAUCACGCGAUAUUGAUGUGCAAGCAGAAGAUAGGGAAGCAAACUACCUGAACAUGUAUCUCUAUUUGGCAUUGGUGAUGUCCCUUUAAAGAGUUCUUGUGAGGUGCUGGUGGCAUUCCUUCCAAUCAUCGGCCCUUCCGGUUUUUUGAAGGAGAAGAGAAAUGUUAACACGAAUAUGGAUAUUAUCAGGAUUAUACACAUCCUUCGAUAUGCAUACCCCUCCAUAAAUGGACGUUGUCAGUGAAUGUGACGUUUUUCUGCAAACACACACUUCUACCCCAUCAACAACGCCUGCAAGUGCCCAGUUCUAAUACACAAGUACAGUAAUGAUAUUUGUUGGUGAAUUGGUAAAGAAAUAACUCUAGUAAAUAACUCAAGUGUUCUCGACUCGCCAUGCUACCAGCUCCUGAUAAUUUGUUGCUAAUUAACUAUGUGAUAAUGUGCUAAUCAAUAUCUACAGGAAAAAUUUUCAUGAGAAAUCCAGUAUGUAAUGCCAUUCAGAAGGAAGGCAUUUGCCUUAUAGUUCUAUGCCAUGUCCAUUGGAGCAAUUAUGUGCUAAAUUUUCACUAAAAUGUUUUCUCGAUUCAUGGUAUUUUGGUGUUAAUCUGUUCUACCGUAACGAUUAUCUCUAACUAGCAGUUUAUCAGAGUUUGAAAUGUAAUCAUGUUGGAAGGACACAUUAUUUAUAAGUAAUAAACAUUUUCAUAUCAAUUGCA